AUGGGUCUCCUUAUCCCUUCGAUUGUCUUCUUUAUGCAGGCUCUUGUAGAAGCCGUACAAUUGCAGUCUGCACCACCAAAUUCGAGUUGGAUUAGCCAUCUCAGGGUGCUUGGUGAUGGCUGCUCCAGCGCCACGGCUCAGGUUGCUCCUGAUUCCAGCAGCUUCACUAUCACCUGGAAGCUCAACCAACCUGACCAAGCACUGGCGCUGGCCGAAGUUCAAGCUGCUGGAACGCGCAAAUUGACAUGCGGCGCGGCGUUCGUACUUGAAAUGCCCCCUGCGCAGUCCAAUCGCUCAGCAAUAUUUCUGGAUAGCGAAAGAAGCGGGACUUGGCAACUGCAGCCUGGGUCCCGGGCGAGCAUACAGUCUUCCAUGGCAGGACUUAGUGACCUUUGGCCUUCUGAACCUCAACCGAUCGAAUUGUCCGAGUCCGAACCGUUUCGAGUGUCUUCCCCUAUCUAUGCAUCGGGGGCUAACGGGGCUGAAGGGAGUGUGGAGUAUUGCCAACUCGAACAUAGGGCCAUCGAAUGGUGA